UUUUUUUUUUUUUUUUUCUAUUCUGUCUUUAGUAUGCCAGAUAAUGUUGAUGUAUUUUGUUUAAUAGGCAUUGUCUAUAUUAUAAUUUGCUUCAUUAUCAAUCAACAUAAAGUAGAAGCUUUAGAAAGUCCUGUUAAGUUUAAAGGACAUUUAGUAAAAGGAUCAAAGGCAGCUGUAGCUGUUGAGGCUGAAGAAUGCUCGAAUGUUGGCAUUGAAAUUUUAAAAAAGGGCGGGAAUGCUGUAGAUGCAGCUAUUGCUUCUACUUUAUGUAUUGGUGUUAUUCAUAGCUUUGCAACUGGUGGAUUCAUGCUGAUUCGAUCCCCGAAUGGUACGUUUGAAUAUAUUGAUUUUAGAGAAACUGCACCUAUGGCAGCUAAAAAAGAUAUGUUUAUACAUAAUCCUUUGUUGGCUCAGAUUGGAGGUUUAUCAGUUGCAGUUCCUGGUGAAAUAAGAGGUUUGGAAUUAGCCCAUCAAAGACAUGGUAAAUUAUCUUGGUAUGAGUUAUUUGAACCAUCUAUUCGUAUUGCACGUAAUGGAUUCAAGGCAACAGAAUUAUUAGAAAUACGUGUCAAGGAGGCUGAAGAUUGGAUGAAGAAUUCAAUUGAGUGGUCAAAGGUUUACUUUCAUAAUGGUAAACCCAUUAAAAAGGGUGAUAUCGUCAAACGUCCCAAUCUUGCCAAUACACUUGAUAUCAUUGCUCAACAAGGUGCUGAUGCCUUUUAUAAGGGAGAAAUUGCUCAUCAACUCGUUGAUACUGUUCAAUCUCAUGGCGGUAUCCUUACCCUUCAAGAUCUCGAAAAUUAUCAAGCUAUAAUACGAAAACCAUUAUACGGCUUUUAUCAUGGUCGUAAAGUGAUCACUACCUCUGAACCUACAAGUGGCCCUGUUCUUUUAAGUGUUCUCAAUUUAAUUGAGAGAUUUGAGUUUAAUAAUCAUGAACAUAAAAGUUUAGAUGUUCAUAGGUUAAUAGAAGCAUUCAAGUUUGGAUAUGCCUUUAGAACUGAAUUAGCUGAUCCAGACGUAAUUCAUCAUCCAGAGAGAAUUCAAGAGAUGAUUUCAAAGGACUAUGCAGCUUAUAUUCGACAUCAAAUAACAGAUAAUAGUACUCAUGAACCUCUUUAUUAUCAUCCAAAAUUCGAUCAUAUUGAUUCUCAUGGAACUAUGCAUUUAUCAGUUGUAGAUGAAGAGAAUGGUGCUGUAGCUUUAACUUCCACUAUUAAUUUGGCUUUUGGAUCACAUAUUAUGGACCCAACAACAGGAAUUAUUCUAAAUGAUGAAAUGGAUGAUUUUUCUAUUCCAGGUAUACAAAACAUGUUUGGUUUAUACCCAAGUAAAUACAAUUAUGCUAGUCCAGGAAAAAGACCGCUUUCUUCUAUUACACCAACAAUAAUUGAAAAAGAUACUAAAUUUGAGUUAGCUAUUGGUGCAUCAGGCGGAUCAUUCAUACCUACUGCCACUUUAAAUGUAAGUUUUGAGUUAUGAAAGGAAAUAUAUAUAUACAUAUUUGUUUUAUGAUAUAUAUAUUCUUGUAGUCUAUUAUCAAUAUCUUGGAUUAUGGAAAAGAUCUUUACAAGGCAAUUGCUUCACCUCGUAUUCACCAUCAACUGUUACCUAACAUGGCUGUCCUUGAACAUGGUUAUUCAACUAUAAUUAAAAAGGAUCUUGAGGUAAAGAAUCAUAGUAUCUUUGAAUUACCUCCUAUUAUGUGUGUUUCUGCUGUACAAGCAGUAAGACGUAUGUCUGAUGGGACUGUUGAAGCUGCAAGUGAUCCUCGAAAAACGGGUCUUGCAGCAGCAUAUUAAAAAAAAAUUAAAAUACUACAUUCAUAUAUUUAUUAUUAAUUAUUACAUAAUGAAAAAAAAAA